AUUUUAAGAGUUUUACUUUGUCUAGGAAUUGUUUAUUUGAAAAUUGGAGGCUUCUCAUCGGUGGUGGCCUUAGGUGCGAGCAUAAUCUGUAACAAGAUCCCCGGUUUGGCCCCCAGACAGCGGAUUAUCUGCCAGAGUCGCCCCGAUGCCAUUAUCGUCAUCGGAGAGGGAGUCCAAAUGGGCAUCAACGAGUGUCAGUUUCAGUUCAAAAACGGGCGCUGGAACUGCUCUGCACUCGGAGAGAGGACAGUCUUCGGAAAAGAGUUGAAAGUGGGGAGUAAAGAGGCUGCAUUUACCUACGCCAUCAUUGCAGCAGGGGUGGCCCAUGCCAUUACUGCUGCCUGCACACAAGGAAACCUGAGUGACUGUAGCUGUGACAAGGAGAAGCAGGGGUUUUACAGCAAAGACCAAGGCUGGAAGUGGGGAGGCUGCUCUGCAGACAUCAGCUAUGGCCUGGGCUUCUCCAAAGUGUUUAUUGACGCCCGUGAGGUCAAACAGAAUGCAAGGACUCUCAUGAACCUCCAUAAUAAUGAGGUGGGACGCAAGGUCCUGGAGAAGAAUAUGCGACUGGAAUGCAAGUGUCAUGGAGUCUCAGGCUCCUGCACGACCAAAACCUGCUGGACUACACUUCCCAAGUUUCGCGAGCUCGGCUACAUUCUCAGAGAGAAGUAUGCUCAUGCAGUGCACGUGGAACCAGUCAAAGCCAGCCGCAACAAGCGCCCUAAAUUCCUCAAGAUCAAGAAGCCGUACUCUUACCGCAAGCCCAUGGAUACAGACCUGGUGUACAUAGACAAGUCACCUAACUACUGCGAGGCAGACCCUUUGACGGGGAGCUUGGGGACACAGGGCAGGGUGUGCAACAAGACUAUGAUGCAGCACAUCAGCGGCUGUGACUUGAUGUGCUGUGGUCGAGGAUACAACACUCACCAGUACUCCCGUGUCUGGCAGUGUAACUGCAAGUUCCUGUGGUGCUGCUACGUUAAAUGCAACACCUGCAGUGAGAGGACAGAGGUGUACACAUGCAAAUGAGACUAUUUAUUGGAUGGUAUGUGUGUGUCUGUGUGUAUGUGAGAUGAUAUUUGUGAGUGUGUAUGUUCAUAUCUUUGUGUUGUCUUGGAUAAAGUGGAACUGCUACAUUUUACAAGAAGGUUGAUACUGCAGUCUUUUCAGACAUACUGAGGAGCUACUCUACUGUGUGUACAGUAAGCGGAAGAUGAGGCGUCAUGACUCUUUUGCACACUACACUCUUCACCCCUCUUCUUGGACUGUUGUGUUUCUCUUGGGGUGCAACACUGAAACAGUGUGAGAAAACACUGUCAAGGGAAAAGCUGUACCCUGGCAUAUGAGAAUGUGUGACCACAGUGCGAGUGACCGAAGUAAAAUGUCAAGACUUAAGCUAUAUGGAGAUUUUGACUGUUUGCAUUUGCUCAUGCAAAUGAAAUCCGGUGGAUGUGAUUGCUGGGCAGGACACACUGCUGUAGUUCUCACUCCUCAUGCACAGAUGAAAUGACACAGCCAUUUGGAAUAUUUAACAUACUGUAUUUAGAGAAUGAAAAUAAUUAAUAAUAAUUUAUUCUGUAAAAACUACUGAGUUUGUCCAGUUCGGAUCUAAAAGGUUUUAGUUUUACUUGUCCACAGUUAACACACUGGAUUUGAAUCUGCUUGGAAUAAUGUGUUGUCUUGUAGAAUAAUAUUGCUCUAGAUGAAACUGCUAUAGGCCUUCCCACCUUCCCAUGAGUCUGUCUUUCCUCUGUUUGCUGCUAGUCUAGAGUAUCCCACUUGCUGAGGUAGAGACCUAUACGCUCUACUGACUGUCUUCAGUGGCAUUGCUCACCUCAAGCUGAUUUAGCUUAACAGGACUUAUUCAUAUGGGCACAUUUUCCACUUUUGGUAAAUAUUGGUUAAUAGAGUAUAUUUUGUAAAAGCCUAUUUUUAUAUGAAUGUCUUAUUUAUAUCUUUUGCAUAUUCACUGUCAAGUUUUGCCCGUGACACCUGUUGUUAAAUCCCUUGUGAACAAAGCUGAUAUAUGUAAUUUGCUCCCUGAUGUCACUGCCAUAGUUGUAUAUUGCAAAUGAUAGAAACUGUUUAUGUGUGUCUGUGUUCAAAUGUCUAUGUUUAUUGCAUUUCAUGGCUACUACUGAUG